AUGGAGCCUACAACUAAAAAAUCUAAGGAAAGCAUUGGAAAUCUCAACAACAAAAAUCCUGGCAAGAUUGCUACCGAGAACAUGACUGAAGCACAAGUGAAAAUUGCAACAUUCUCUGGGCAAUCCAGCAAUAUUGAUGGGGUCAAGAGCUGUGAUCAAUUGGUCCUUGAUUAUUUGCAGCAGCCUGCAAGCAUUGCACAGGAAAAGGGGGUACAUAGGGAUGAACUUUCACGGCAGCUAAAAAUUCCUGUGGAGAAGAUCAUGGAAUCUAUUAGGUCUCUUGAAGAGGAGGGUUUGAUAUACUCCACCAUCGACGAGUUUCACUACAAGUCAACUCAAUGUGGUUGAUACUCUUUGAGGAAUUGCUAGGGUUUGGUGUUAGGAGUUAGGGCCAUACAUAAUGAGUGUCCUUUGCUGUUUUAUGUUUCUUAUAUUUGGUCUAAAGAGCGUGUAGAUAGAUAUCUAGUUGGAUGCUUUUUAAUUGAGCAAAGACUAUUAUAUAAUUGCAACCGAAAACUGUAUUAAUUCUAUUUUCUUGAACUAAUGUUGUAAGUUUUUUGGGUUUUCUUCCAAGGAUCAUGCCUCUUUUGGUGAUA